CAUACCUCCUCCUCACUUCUUCACAACCCAAAAUCUCCCAUUUACAUCAUCUUUCUUAGUCAUCAAUUACUUUUUUUUGUCACUUUCCAAACACUUUUUACAGAAUCAUGGGUGUGUUCACAUAUGAAACCGAGAUCAACUCUGUCAUCCCCCCUGCUAGGUUGUUCAAUGCCUUUGUUCUUGAUGCUGACAACCUCGUCCCAAAAAUUGCACCACAGGCAGUUAAGAGCACUGAGAUCCUUGAAGGAGAUGGAGGCGUUGGAACCAUCAAGAAAAUUAACUUUGGUGAAGGUAGCACUUACAGCUAUGUGAAGCACAGAAUUGAUGGGAUUGACAAAGAGAACUUCGUGUACAAGUACAGUGUUAUCGAAGGAGACGCAAUCUCAGAGACAAUUGAGAAGAUCUCAUAUGAGACUAAGUUGGUGGCAUCUGGCAGUGGUUCUGUCGUCAAGAGCACCAGCAACUACUACACCAAGGGAGAUUUUGAGAUCAAGGAAGAGCAUGUCAAGGCUGGCAAAGAGAAGGCCUCUCAUCUCUUCAAGCUCAUUGAGAACUACCUCUUGGAACACCAUGAUGCCUACAACUAAAUUUUCAUAGCUUUAUCACUUGGUGAUAUUCAAUCUUAUGUCCUCUUUGGCAUCAAAUAAUGGUGUGGUUUUUUUUUUUUCUUCAUUUCUUUCCAAAACCGUGUUUGGCUUGUGCUUGGAGCUUUGGUUUGAAGAGUGAUUAAUACUAUAUUUUCUUUCGUUUCCAAUGAAUAAAAUGAAAAUCAUGGAUAUAUGAUGAUAUUUGCAA